GUAAUCACGCGCUUCUGUGGAAUGAACGCCAAGCCCGUUUUCAACUUGCUUCUUCGCUGCUUGCCAUCGUUCCAACGUCCCUCUGUCUCGCGGUGUCUAUAUAUAGAUUAUAUAUAUCAGAGGCUCGCGUCAGACAGUGGACCAUCAUUUCUGCUUCUGGUUGCACUACACAUACUACAGUGUUGCAUGAUCAUCUUCCCUCUUAAGCAUCUCUCGAACCAAACACCUAAUAUGCCCACUUAGCGCGUAUGACUGCGCUAAUCCCAUUACCAUGACCACGUCGAGAAAUACAACCCCAGCCCAGAUCUUCCCUGGGAGGGGGAUUGGGUUUCUGACCUUGGGAGCCUCACUAUAUAAUACCAUAACCCGCCUCAAAGCCCAUCCCCACACUUACCCCUCUAUCGAUUUGUCGUACUCCUCGUCCGAUCCUAUCCACGCCCCGAUCCUGCUAAGCUUGCCCGCCAAUGGCAUGCGCCUGCGGUUCGAUGGUCCUGACCAGAGACUGCGCUUGAUAGAAGUCCUGGAUUUCACCAAAAUUCCUCUCGCAUAUAAAUCCCACGACGUCCUCAAAGCCACGAAACCCAUGGACCAGUCACCGCAACUAGGGCCAAGCUUUCGUCAUGUCUACAAUCGUAUGUUUGGGCCAUCCUAUCCAGGGGAGUUUAUUCCCAGUUCCUCAGGCUCAAAGUACGGAACAUACGUUCUUUCCUACCCCGGUAUCGCUUUCUCAUUCCCCUUGCUUCAGUCUGCCUGGUCUGAGCAAUGCGAUUUCGUCUCCUUAAUGUCAUCAUCUGCCGCAUCUCCCGCUACUUCGAUGGCUGUUUUCCAGGGAUCGUCAUGGGCAGAUGGCCGCUCUAAUUUGUUGACUCGAACGCCCCAAUACCCCAGAUCAACUGCACUCGCGGGGAAAAAUCGAGAGUCGGUCGCAGAUGAAAUUGAGGAAGUCAAAGUACAUGGUGCAGGUAGGGUGGAAUUCUUCCGCAGAAUGGGUCCAUCAUUUUGCAUUUCCCUCUCAGAGACGACACCGCAGGAUCUUGUAGCAGAAUUUGGCCCUCCAGAUGCUAUCUAUCGGAAAAAUGAUCGACGUAUAUCAAUUCACGGGACCCAAGCACUUGGUAACACGAACCUCCGACGUACGAGCCCUUCUCCAGGCCGCAUUGCUGACCCGACAGACAUGGACCCGUUGUCUGAAACUAGUGUGACAGACGAUUCGGAUGGUGACAAUUCUCCUGCUUUCCAACAGGAUCGGGCUUCGCUGGCAACCGAGUGCUUUUAUAACUACUUUGAUCACGGGUUCGACGCCUUUAUCUCCCAUCCAACCGUUUCUGGACCACCGUUUCCAGGUUCCUCACAUCCCGAUACGUCGACAAUCUCCUCACCUCCGCAGUUAGUCGUAACAAAGCUACUUCUACAUGGGAACGUGCCAGGGUCUUAUCCCUUCAAUCGCCAUAGGCGCAGCCGCUGGGUCCUGAAUAUCAAUUCCGCCAGACAACCUCUGACGUCGGAAACCCCAUAUGACCAGCUAUCAGACGAGUUGAAACGAAUCUGGAAAGGUUCUUACUCGAGCGCAUCCGAGGAAAUGGCACUUCAGAGAGGAAUGGUCCUCAACCGUGGCUGGGGUGACAGUCCUGGAAGCAGCGUCGAGCUUCUGGGUGGCUGGGAGGACAGCUCUACCAGCAAACCUUGGACUGGCUCAGUAACCGACGGUAGUCAAAUCCUGGGAAAUACUGAGUUGUUUGGUUUCCCAGGCUUGCUUUUUGAAGUGUUGAAGAAUGGAGCCAUUAGUUGUUUGACAGUGUACUAACUUGGGUUAGUAUUCUUUUUUUAUCUUUGCUUUAUCCUUUCAUAUCGGCGCGCGUUUAUUGAGCAUGUCUAACGAUAGUGGUCAUAUAUCCCGGCAUAUCCAUAAGUUUCAUUAUUUCAUGUCAAUUUAAUUUAUUCAAGUAUACUUCGUGUGUAACAUAUCUGUGUGCUGGCUCUAUAUCUAUCUCAAUGGAGAAUCACUUACUGCUCAUGAAUAUAUCCAAAAUCCCGAUGUUGACUCAAGAAUUAUACGGCCAUUCAACAGUCUGAGUCGUCCUUUUCAACUUCUAGCCUCAUUAUCCAUGUCCUCAUAAACGAUUGCGAUAGUAUGAAAAGUUAUCCUAUGAUGCAAACCCGAAAAAAACCAUUGCAAAAAACAUGCCGGUCCCGCUGCUUUGCAUGAACCAGGUAUACAGUUGAAUGUGGUUCAAAACUGGAUACACUAGACAGAUUUUGCAACCACUGCGCGGACAAAAAAAUUACCUAUUCCAGUAAGAUGGAUUCAUGAGUCUCAUAUUUUUAACUUCACCAUCAGUCCUAGACUGGCCGGCGGGACCAUGAAUUUCAUGUUGGGUCCUAUUUGAUCUGGUCUCAUACAUUUCUUGGCAUGAGCAUUAACGUGACUCACCGGUGUCACCACUCAACGAACUUCAAAAAGCACUCUAUAGAGCUGUUAAUUUUCAAUCAUAGCAUAACAAUACAGUAAGAUAUUAAUAUUAUUUAU